GGGGCGUGGGCAUAUCGCUGGCUCCCACGCCUUAACUUUGGGAUAGCAGGCGGGAUCCUUUCCAGCCCAAGCUCCCGGCCCAGGCGCGCCACGCGCAGCCCCGCCCCACCCCGCCGUCCCCUUCCGCCCCUGGGCAGCGAUUUUUCCUAUGAAAUUGCGCAGAGCAGGGAGCGGGGCGGGGCCGGCGGGCCACGUGGCAAGACGGAGACAGCUCCGCCCACCGGCUUCCUGAGCCGCUGCUCCUGGCCGCCCUCCUCCCUGCACACGUGGUGUCGCCGGUGCUGCCUCCCGCUAGCCCCGGACCCAGCGCCUGCCGUCAUGGCUCCCGGCCAGCUCGCCUUGUUCAGUGUCUCUGAUAAAACCGGCCUUGUGGAAUUUGCAAGAAACCUGACCUCUCUCGGUUUGAAUCUGGUCGCUUCCGGAGGGACUGCAAAAGCUCUCAGGGAUGCUGGUCUGGCAGUCAGAGACGUCUCUGAGUUGACAGGAUUUCCUGAAAUGUUGGGGGGACGUGUGAAAACUUUGCAUCCUGCAGUCCAUGCUGGAAUCCUGGCUCGCAAUAUCCCAGAAGAUCAUGCUGACAUGGCCAGACUUGAUUUCAAUCUUAUAAGAGUUGUUGCCUGCAAUCUCUAUCCCUUUGUGAAGACAGUGGCUUCUCCAGGUGUAACUGUUGAGGAGGCUGUGGAGCAAAUUGACAUUGGUGGAGUAACCUUACUGAGAGCUGCAGCCAAAAACCACGCUCGAGUGACAGUGGUGUGUGAACCUGAGGACUAUGUGGCAGUGUCCACAGAGAUGCAGAGCUCCGAGAGCAAGGACACCUCCUUGGAGACUAGACGCCAGUUAGCCUUGAAGUGUGUAUUUUUACUUUCAGUUCUAAAUGGAGCCCCUGGAUUUAUAAACCUGUGUGAUGCUUUGAACGCCUGGCAGCUGGUGAAGGAACUCAAAGAGGCGUUAGGUAUUCCAGCCGCUGCCUCUUUCAAACAUGUCAGCCCAGCAGGUGCCGCUGUUGGAAUUCCACUCAGUGAAGAUGAGGCCAGAGUCUGCAUGGUCUUUGAUCUCUAUAAAACCCUUACACCCAUUUCAACGGCAUACGCAAGAGCAAGAGGGGCCGAUAGGAUGUCGUCAUUUGGUGAUUUUGUGGCAUUGUCUGACAUUUGUGACGUACCAACUGCAAAAAUUAUUUCCAGAGAAGUCUCUGAUGGUAUAAUUGCCCCAGGAUAUGAAGAAGAAGCCUUGACAAUACUUUCCAAAAAGAAAAAUGGAAACUACUGUGUUCUUCAGAUGGACCAGUCUUACAAACCAGAUGAAAAUGAAGUUCGAACUCUCUUCGGUCUUCAUUUAAGCCAGAAGAGAAAUAAUGGUGUCGUCGACAAGUCAUUAUUUAGCAAUGUUGUCACCAAGAAUAAAGAUCUGCCAGAGUCCGCCCUCCGAGACCUGAUCGUGGCCACUAUUGCUGUCAAGUACACUCAGUCCAACUCCGUGUGCUACGCCAAGAACGGGCAGGUUAUCGGUAUUGGAGCCGGACAGCAGUCUCGUAUACACUGCACCCGCCUUGCAGGAGAUAAGGCAAACUACUGGUGGCUUAGACACCAUCCACAAGUGCUCUCGAUGAAGUUUAAAACGGGAGUGAAGAGAGCAGAAAUCUCCAAUGCCAUCGAUCAAUACGUGACUGGAACCAUUGGCGAGGAUGAAGACUUGAUAAAGUGGAAGGCCCUGUUUGAGGAAGUGCCAGAAUUACUCACUGAGGCAGAGAAGAAGGAAUGGGUUGACAAACUGAGUGAAGUUUCUGUCAGCUCUGAUGCCUUCUUCCCUUUCAGAGAUAAUGUAGACAGAGCUAAAAGGAGUGGUGUGCUGUACAUCGCGGCUCCGUCCGGCUCUGCUGCUGACAAAGUUGUGAUUGAGGCCUGCGACGAACUGGGAAUCAUCCUCGCUCACACGAACCUUCGGCUCUUCCACCACUGAUUUUUAUCACACCUUGUUUUAUGGUUUGCUUAUAUGUAGGUGAAACUUUGAGACUAACUUUAAAAAAAAAUAAAACAGUACAUCUUAAUCACUGGAUCGAUCCA